UUCGUAAUUUCACCCAACACUAACACCUUUUUUAACCCAUCAACGUAUAUAUACACCCCAAUUCCCCCCUCCCCUCUAUAUAUAAUAUAAAAACCCAACCCCCAAAUACAUACAUACAUAUCCUCCUUGCUUUCUCCCCCACCGCUCUCCGUCCUCCCACCGCCCCAAACCACCAUACGUCGCCGCAUCUCUCCGACGUCCACCACUCUCACCUCCUUACAAAACCACCGCCUGUUAUCGGAUCUAUAAUUUCUUAUCAAAAAUUCAAACCCUAAAAUCAUUCAUUUCAUUUUAAGUUUUUAACCCAGACCUACUUUCUCUCGUUUUUUCCGCAUUCACAAAUCACCCCUAAACUUACACUUAAUUACAACUUUACCCCUCUUCUAUAUUUUCACAAAUUUCGAGAAGAUGAACGAACGACUGUACGGAAUAUUAAACCACAAGGAGAAUAAUAGAGACUCACCUCACCGGAGAGUUCAUCCACCGCUUCCGCCGGCGUCGCCGCGUGUGGCGGUUGCUGCAUCCACGACGGUGAAAAGUAAAGGAAUGGAGAUGACGUCGUCAUCGAACAAGCUGUUAGCAGGUUACAUGGCGCAUGAGUUCCGGACGAAGGGGACGGUGUUAGGGCACAAAUUGGAGGGUGAUAGGGCGGAGAAAGGGGCGGUGGUGGAGAAUGAGAGGUAUAAAGAGAUAACGAGCUUGUUGAUGAUGAGGAAUGAUGGUGGAGUUCAUAUACCGGGUGUUGUGAAUCCUGCACAGCUUGCUCGCUGGAUUCAGAUGUAGUUGUGAUUGAAAUUGUUGUUCUGGUUUCAUUAGUGUUGUACUUGAUUGAUUUCUUUCAGUGAUUUGAUCAUGAUAUGAUAUGAGAUGUUAUGUGGUUCAAGUUUUGUA